AUGACCCUCAAACGCAAUCGUGCUGCUCUCGAAGCCGAUUUUCAAGCACAGCAAUCGCCAUAUGCUUUCUUCGGAACCCCACUGCCACCACUCGAUGAUAGUGUUCGUGAUGACGGCUCAUUCGUUCCCAUCUGGCAGCAGGAUGUGAGGGAUGAAAAAGGCAGGAAGCGUCUCCAUGGCGCUUUUACGGGUGGAUUCAGCGCGGGGUACUUCAAUUCCGUCGGCUCAAAGGAAGGAUGGACACCCGCGACCUUUGUCUCAUCUCGCCAGAACCGCGCUAAAAAAGCAGAGCAACAGCGGCCCGAAGAUUACAUGGACGAGGACGACUUGCGAGAACAAGAAGAAUCAAGACAAAUAAAGACUGCGAAUGAGUUCGCAGGCUUUGGGUCUACUGAUAAAGAUGCAACUCGGAGGGCAGGACUUAUGGACAUACUGAAAACUGGAGGAGAAACCAUGGGAGUAAAACUUCUAAAAAAGAUGGGUUGGCGCGAAGGCCAAGGCAUCGGGCCUAAAGUGCGGCGCGCAGCCAAUUUAGAUGAGAGCUCUGCUCCCAAUACUGAUGAGGAGACAUACCUGUUUGCGCCUGAAAACCCACCCAUGGUCGCGUUCAUUCGCAAGACUGACCGCAAAGGUCUUGGCUUUGAGGCUGAAGCGCGUUUGGAGUCUCACGUUCCCACAGGAGCAAAUACCAAAGCCGAAGAAGCAGAUUCAUUCUUUGGGGGGCGUCUAGCCAUCCAAGGAAAAUCACAGCCGUCGAAACCAAAAGACUCACGGCGGGGAGGAUUUGGAGUUGGCCCUCUCAACGACACGGGGUCGGACGACGAAGAUCCCUAUUCUUUGGGACCGCAAAUUUCAUACAACAAAACGAUCGGAGGAGAUAAGAAGAAAAAGAAGAAGGGCAAAACAGAUGAGGGGAAACCAACAAUCGCCUCAUCUAAUCCCCUCUUAAACUCAAAGCCUGUAUUCAUAUCGAAGAAGUUAGCAGCUUCGAGGGGGGCUGGAGGCUUCAGAAAAUGCCGUGAUGGGCGUCUUCCGCUGGACGGGUUCGUUCUUGCCGAUGGCAUCUCGGGUCUGUCAAUCUCUGGGAAGAAAUAUGACCCUCCCGUAAUACCCGAUGACUGGAAAUCUGCCAAGGAGGUCUCUUCAGACAAGCGUGACCAAUCGAACUACGUCUCAAUAGCCGACGCUGCCAAAGCCUCGUCGCUGGAUCCUACAUCUAGAGCAGCACUCUUGGGUGAGGCUCAAUUGCCUGGAAAAUCCAUCUUUGAUUGGAUGACACCUGAAGCACGAGAAAAAAUUGCCAAACUUACCGGCAACAGCAACCUACCUCCGGCCAUGGGAGAAAAGGCACCCAAAGGAUACGAACUUCCUGAAUCACACAGACGGAAAGACCUCUGGGACCUUGUACCGAAAGUCGACAAGCAGAUUGCCGCCCAGGCCCUAGCUCGGGCCGUUAGUGGGUGGAUGCCCUAUCAAGAGGACGAGAAGAAACGUGCUCGCUACCGAGUCUUCCUUGAAGUUAGUGCCGGGUCUCGCGACACCCUCCCUGAAAGGGUGGAUGGGUCCAGCACAGACGAAUGGAUAACAGAGAUGCAAGAGUUUUGUCGAGCUGCAGAGGUAUUCAAACCUAUUUCCGGUUUAAUGGCAUCCCGAUUUACCUCAGCAUCGACCGCCCCCAAAGCCGCCUCAGAUGCCCCCGACUCUACAGACUCUGUCCUCAAUAAGCCUACAGAGAAACCAGAGGAUCCUGCGGUCGCAGCUGCUAAGAUUGGAAUGUUCGGCCACAUGACCCGAAGCACAAUCGACUUUUACCCAUCUCGACUAUUAUGCAAGCGCUUUAAUGUGAAGCCACCUUCGAAUGUGCAAUCAGAUCCUAGCGAAAAAUCCGGGGCCGCUUCUUCCGGUCCAGCCACGCGCUUCCAGUCCAGCGGAUUCCAGGCUGAUUCCGGUUCUAAACAAUUGGUGUCGCAAGAUAUAAUGAACCAGCUUCUUAUCGAUUCGCUGGGCUAUCUGCCUGACGCAGAUGGGUCUAAACCAUCUACCGGUGGCCAGCCCGUGAAUGUGGCGCCACCAGUAAUUGAACCAGAACGCAAUGAAGCCCUGGAGGCAGAGCGGCCUGGCGAUGCUGUUUUCAAAGCUAUCUUUGGCGAAUAA